CUCCCGCCGUCAGGCGCUCCUCGCAAUGGCGUUCUAAACUUAGGAUUUCUUAAAACAAAAAUCCAAAUGAGUUCACAACAGAAUGUGGAUGGUAAUCCACCACCCACCAAAAAACCAAAGCAAGAUGUUGCAGCAAGUGAAAGCAUUCCUUUUACAUCUGUUACCAUAGCAACCCCGGUGACCUUGAUGACAACUAAUGUCACUAGCAAUAACACUUUGCAGCAAGGUUCAGUUAUCAGUGUUACAUUUUCAAAUGGUGUUUUCAAUGUGAAACCAGCUGAACUGGAACAGCCCCAAAUUGGCUCUUUGAAGCCAACCUCAGGCCUGCAACCGGGAACCAUGUCAGUAGUCAAGGGAUUACCAGUGAAUCCAGCUGGUAUGAAGCUACAGAGUCAAAAUGUUCAACUCAGGGGCGCUAACCCUGUCACUUAUUUUGCUCAAAAUAUAACGGGAUCCCAAGCACCAGGCACGUCGGUCACUGUGAAACCAGGCACCAUGACUCUAGUGCCUCAGCAGGCCUUACCAUUACAGACACUUCAGGCCCUGCAGUCAAAAGGCACAGGCCAGACCAACAUACUACCAGCCCCUGUACCACUACAACAGCAAAACUUAAAAUCUGGUCAGAUAACAUUAGGUCCUGUGACCUUAGCUCAGUACUCACAGGCAUCAGUAACCCAGCCCAGCAAUGUCCUUCAGACUGCCCAAGGUCAACUGAGACCUCAGAUGGUCUCCAAAAUGCUUCCUCAGCAGAACUUCCAAGUGAAGCCCCUCAGUGUGGGGAAGAGUCUGAUCCCCAACCAGCAGAUCCACAUCUCUCACAUCCACAAUGUCGGGGGUAAACCAGUCGCCAUGUUGGCCCAGUCUGCUUCUCUGGCUCAGCAACAGACUCCAGUCACCACAAUGACAGCUCUAAAGAGAUUUCCAGUACCAGUAUCCCCUAUCAGCAUGACACCCAAUAGCAAUAUUUCCAAUGCUUUACCAACGAAAAUUCGCAUUCAGGGGAGUGUAGCAACAGACACAACAAACUUGCCAAAACAAGAAGCCAAAGAAAAAGUGAACACAGGUGCAAAACAUCUGCCAUCCCAAGCAACAGCAGCCAGUGUAGGUACACCUCAACAAAAUGGACUACCCGCCAAGCCAGCAACAGUGGCCAUAUCCACACAGUCUCCCACAUCAAUGGCUUCUGCCAUCCCCGUCGUGCAAAAAGGCAGCCAUUUUCAUGUCCAAUCUGCAGCAAUGACACAAGUGGGAACAAUAUCUACCCCAAGGUUUACCCACAUAAUUCCUAAUAAUGCAUUAACAAAAGUGGGAGUAAUGACUGUGCCAUUUCAAAUGACUGCCUCAACCAGUGCACCAUUAUUAGUGAGAAGUCCGGCUCCAAAUGUUAGCAAAGUAAAUGUCUCCACACCAAGUGAAUCCCAACAAGAACCAGGGAAUACCCAACAGGUGCCCAAACAGUGUGAGGAAAUGGACACUGCAGAGAAAAGUGAAGAAAAGGAGGAAAAUAAGCAGGAAGGUGGGAAGCAGGGAGAGGGCAGUAAGGAAUCGGAGAGAAAAAACAUCACAGAAUUAAGUGCAAUGGAAAACAUGCCAAAUUUCUUGGCUGAUGUGGAUUCUAUAAAGGAGAAAAAGACAGUGAAAAGUGAAUCUCAGACAAAGAAGAAGACAAGUGAUACUUUGAAAGAAAAGGAGGAGAAAACAUCAGAAAAAGAGGAGAAUAAAAGUCUGGUGCCUCUCACUGUGCAGAAUUUAGAGGACGAUCUGAAAAAGAAGCCAAAAGAAAAGAAGGAAACAAAGUCAAGUGAAAAGGCCAAGCCAGAGGUCACAGAGAAAGACAAGGCUACAGUGGAAAUCAAAAAGGAGAUAAAGACUGAAGAAGAAGAUAAACCAAAGGAUGACAGCUCCUCCUCAAAACAAGAGGAGAAAAAGGAGGGUGUGGGCAAGAGAUCUGAUAAGGAGGGCAAGAGAUCUGAGAAGGAGGACUUUGAUCCUGUGGGUGCCAUGGACUGGAAGGAUGGAGUGGGGGAGCUAGAGGGUAGCAGUCUCAAAUUUAAAAUGAAUGAGUUUGGAGCUUUAGAAGUGAUAACAGACGAGCUGGAAUGUAACGAGACUCUGGACUCCAGCACUGAAAUGGAUGUCUCCGAAACACGGAAGGAAACUGAGGCCACCCCAGGCUGUAGUGGUGACACAGAGACCAAAUCGGGGGGAAGGAAAAAGGAAGAUAAAUUGCCUGAUUCCAGUGGAGAAGUGAGAGAUGAAGUUUGUCAGUGUAUGAAUUGUGGAGAGUUUGGGUUUGCGAGUGAAUUCUGUAAAUCUGGUCGAUUUUGUAGCCAAUCCUGUGCCACAACCUUCACUACCAAGAAAAUGAGAGGGAGAGGAGGACAUAGCCAGUUCAUGUCAAAAAUGUGGAAGAAGAAAAAGAAGCUGAUGAUGUUAAAAGGAAACCUAGAUGAAGAUGGGGUCCCUAUUAAAACUGGACCAGGUAGAAAACCCAAAUUACAUAACUGGGCUUCAUAUUUGGAGAGAACUAAGUCCCAAGGUGCUCCUUUAAGAUUAUUCAAAGAACCCUUUCCGGUGUAUAAGAAUGGCUUUAAGCUGGGUAUGAAGCUAGAGGGGGUUGAUCCCAAGCACCAGUCUCUGUUCUGUGUUCUGACGGUAGCAGAGAUCUGUGGUUUUAGAAUCCGGCUCCACUUUGAUGGUUACUCUGAGUGCUAUGAUUUCUGGACAAAUGCUGACUCUGGGUUUCUGUUCCCGGUUGGUUGGUGUGAGGAGAACAAUAGAACUCUUCAGCCUCCAAAAGGAUUUACAACAGAUGGAUUUCACUGGCUCAAUUAUCUGAAGUUGUCGAAGGCUAUUGCAGCUCCUAGGUCUUUGUUUAAUAAUCUUCCUCAAGAGCCUGUUCCCCCUCACUUAUUUAAAGUGGGUCAGAAGUUGGAGUCGGUUGACAAGAAGAAUAGUAAUUUAAUCUGUGCUUCCACUGUUAAUGAUGUGAUGGCAAACAAAAUCCUGAUCCAUUUUGAUGGCUGGGAAGACACCUAUGAUUAUUGGUGUGACAUUACAUCCAUGAAUAUUCAUCCUGUUGGCUGGUGUGAGGAAAAUGGAAAAACACUCUCUCCACCUGGUGAAUAUGAAAAUGUUCACUUCAACUGGCAGGAGUACUUGGAGAGGAAUGAGGCAGAAGCUGUACCAGAGAAAGCAUUUAAACCUCAAUCCCCUGUUGGCUUUGAGGUUGGUAUGAAGAUUGAAGCUGUGGAUAAGAGGAAUCCGGUUUUGAUCCGAGUUGCCACGGUGACAGAGGUGGAUGGACAUCUUCUGAAGCUCCAUUUUGAUGAGUGGGAUGAGUGCUAUGAUUACUGGGUGGAAGACGAUUGUCCUGAUAUCCAUCCUCCAGGCUGGUGUCAUAAAACAGGCCAUCCACUUACUGCUCCACCUACACCAGCAGAUCUUGUCCCGGGACCUACUGGCUGUCCCAUACCAGGGUGUAAGGGUAUAGGACACAUCAAAGGGGCCAAAUAUACAGGUCAUCACAGUGCAUUUGGAUGUCCGUAUUCGCCUUUAAACAUGAACAGGGAGUCCACCCUUCAGGAUCGACUCGGAUCCACCCGAGCUGAGGAGAUGGUCCAAACCCCGACCCCCUCCUCCCCCGUCGACCCCAAAAUGAUCAAAUCAGAACCUCCAGACUCACCAGAAAUUGUCAAAAAAUGCCCGACUCCAGGUUGUGAUGGACAGGGUCAUGUGACCGGGAAGUUUUCGGCCCACCACAAAUUGUCAGGCUGUCCUAAAGCUCAGAGCAAUCAGUUACAGCAGUCAAUAGUAGCAGAGAACGCGGUCCCCAAAAAGUCAACACGCGGGCGUAAACCAAGGAGUUACUAUCUAAAUAUGGGAGAGAGGGGACCCCCUCCAAAGACCCCCAAACUGAAGUAUAAACAAGAGAGAGGUCAAGAUAUCACUAGUCCACAAGAUACCUUACAGAAUGGUGUACACAACUCAGUCUUCAAGUCAGCCAUGGCUACUACGCCUAACCCCAAUGUCUCUCUCUGCUGGGAACAGCAUGUUAAGCUUCUGCCAGGAGUUCAUAGGUUGAAGGGGUCAGAUGUAGCAAAAUGGAACAUCGAACAAGUAGCAGCAUUUGUCAAAACUCUCCCUGGCUGUGAGGAACAUUACAAGACAUUCAAAGAGGAGCAAAUAGAUGGAGAGGCUUUCUUGUUGAUUUCUCAAACAGACCUGGUCAAGAUUUUAAACAUUAAGUUAGGACCAGCAAUCAAGAUUUACAACAGCCUUAUGGUGUUCAAAAAUUCCCUGGACGUGUGAUACUCAACUCUAUUGUGAUAAACAUUGAUACGAGUCAGAUCUAACUGAUUGACUUUAAUUGUUGUACCUAUUCUGUAAAUAUCUUUUUUUUUGUUAUGAAUUAGUAUUGCUUACAAAGUGCUUUUUUUUGCUUUUGUUGAUUGUUAUAAUUAUACAGGUGUUCAUUUUAGUUAGAUUUUUAUUUUAAGAAUAAGAUAAAAAUGCAAAUUUUGAAGCAGCAGCAGCUAAUUAUUUCUUUAUGUAUGCAAGGUGUGUUGAGAAUUUUGUCAUUGUAAUAGGUGGUGCAUGCAUACAUAAUGCUGUUCUAUUGCCUGGUAGUCUGAUUUUUAUAUGGGAAUAUAAUCUUCUAUCAUCUGUGUAUAAUGUUCGCUAGAUAUGAUGUUUUUUUCAGUUCAUUACUUAUUAUAGGGGAAAACUUGAUGGUAAUUAUUGAAAUACCCAACAAAUAUUAUAUGGAAAAGCCUUAUACAAUGUAAAGGCAAAGCCAGCUGCCCCAUCCAUUAAUGUUUUAUUACCUAAUAAACUAGUUCAAAUCAAAUACAUGAAUAAAUAUUUUACGUAUAAAGUUGAACCUUGGUAUCUUGAACAUUGAUAUCUAGAGUACCAUGGAUAUGUUGGAGUUAAAAGUCUAAGCCACUAUUUUUCCUUGAAUUUUAACCUUGAAUCUGGGAUAUCUAAUAAAAUGUAUAUUGUCCAAAUAUUGAGGUUUUACUGUAUUUCAUGUUAGGAGGUUUCAAAGCUUCAUUAUGUGUAAAAUUACCAGUAUCAUGAAAUACCGGUACUUUUCUUCUUAAGUAAUUUAUAUUGAUCAUUCUCUUUAUCUCUUUUAUUUAACAAAAUUCCCUUUACACAUAGAUUUAUAUAUAAAAAUGAAUUAUUUAGAUUGCCCAUACCUUAUGAUAUUCUCACUAGUCAGAAAUUUGUCAAGGUCAAGAUCCAUUGUAACUCUACAAAAGUUAGAUACAUACAUGUAUAUAUUGCAAGACUGUUCGUCUGUCAUUAAUAGAAAGUACUAGUAAUUAAUCUGCUCAUCUUCAAUUAAUAGAGAUAUAUGAUGCAUUUAUUUAGUAAAAAGAAAAAUAAACUGUCUUAAUUAAAUGUAAAGGAUCGAUUCUCCCAAGUUUAUAUACUGGUAUUUUUGUGCAAGUCUUUGUGAAAUAAGUGGAAUUGUUACAGCACAUUGUCUGUAUUUGAAAUCAUCAAUUACCUUGGCCAACAUUUCAUUUUAAACAUGGAUGUAUUUUAAAUUUAUACAUGUGUGUCAAGAAAGUAAAUGUUUAUAAAGUUAAUUAAGCUUCUGCUCUAUCGUAAUUUCUAUGGUUUUCUUCAAAAUUCAAAGUUUGAGAAGUCAAAGCAGAAAAUUGUGUUUAUAGCCAUAAUUUUUGAGCCUUGAACUUCUCAUCUUCAAUUCUUGUUGCUUAUAGAAUGUGAUUAAAGUGCAUUUUAUCAUUGAAAGACCAGCAUAAACUAUUACUCAAUUCAUUUUUUAGAGGAAAUGAAAAAAAUGUCUUGGUUGUAAAAAGACAAUUUGUUGUUAAUUAUUGCCUAAAAUUGUAUAAACAAUUUAAUAGAAAAUGUCAAGAAUUCUCAGGAUUGACAUCUUGUAUUUUAAAGUAAAAAUUAUUUCUGAAUAUAUU